GGGGAAGUAGGGUUGUCAAUUUCGAGUCACGGGUCAGGUUCGGGUCGAAGCCGGAAUUAACCCAACACUAUUUGGGUCAACCAAACCCUACUUGAACUCGACCCACUUCAGGUCCGGGUUAUCCCGACAAUACCUAAAUGACUCGGGGCCGAUAAAAAAUUGCUAGUUUUUGGGUCAAAAAUGGGUUUUCAGGUAAAAAUGGGUCAAUCUCGGGUUUUCGGGUCAACCCGAACCAUACAUGAUUUUUGAACAGGUCAAUUUGCUAAACCCGAAUCCAACCCGUUUUGGGUCCGAGUUAAUCCUAACCCGAAAUUUUUGAGUCGGAUUUGAGUUCGAUUUUCGGCUCGUGUCAAAUAUUGACACCUCUAAAGGGAAGAGACUUACAACUAUUAACUCAGAUAUUGUUCAUUAAUGGCUGAUAUACAUUAAACAUUAAUAGAUGUCAGACAAUGAUUGAUGGUGGAUGUUUUUUUUUUGGAACAUUUAGGUCAAUUAAGGCAGAAUCACACACACAUCACAUACACAAGACUCGAAUCCAAUGUCUCUUACAGACAAAGUUGAGCUGUGUUUUGAUGGGGGAUGUUAGAUGACCAUUGGUGGUUUGCUCAGUCAUUAUUUGACCUUGUAGGGGAGUGGAGAUCAACAAAUAGGUAGGUUGGUCUUAUUUAUAAAUUUCUAUAGAAGCUUUUUAGGUUAUUUUGUUUAGAAAUCAAAGACAUUCCAUCAUUUAGCAUUUUGUUAUCAUCUUAAUGCCUAUGAUGGCAAACGACUAUGAUGCAUGCGUUGCAGGGUCUUUCCAGCUGAAGCUUGUGAGACAGUCGGUGGUGAAGCUUGCGAUGCAGCUAUAUAUCCAGAAGCAAAGCUUACGGCUUCAACAAAUUCUGCAGAAUCCCCCAAAACAGUGGAAGAGGUUGAGAGGGAGUAUUUGGAAUAUAAUCAGCAAAAAACAGUGUUUCCUGGCGAAGCAUGUGAUGAUCUUGGAGGAGAAUUCUGUGAGCCUGAGUACCAAAUUGGAGUCGGCAAGGAGAAGGCCUAAGCCUAAUUUUUAAGUUUUUUUUUUUUUUUUCUCCUUGAGGACUUUCUGAGCUUUCAAACAUCUUAAAUAUCUUGAUUUUGUAUGCUAUGUAAAUUUUAAAUGUGUAAGGGAAAUACUGAUGUUUGAAUCCGAACGUAUAGUAUGAUGAUUUAGAGGAAAUUUUCAUGAAGACGA